AUGGCCACCACGAAGAAAUCGCGAACCCUCAGUUGUCCUGAAUGCCAUCUGGUAGUGGCUCGCCCAAGUCAUCUCGCUCGGCACAUUCAGUCUCAUCUUCCACCCUCUCGCCGGGAGCAUUUCUCUUGUGGAGAGUGCGGGCGCCAGUUUUCUCGCAACGAUGUUUUGCUACGGCAUCUCCGAACGGCACACCAAGCGUAUAUUUCACGGAAAAAGUCGGCUCAGAAAUCAUGCUUUCGGUGCGUGCAAAAGAAAUUGAAAUGUGAUCGUGGUCACCCAUGCAUUUCUUGUGCGAAGUCGUCUUCCAUGUGCAAAUAUCCGGCUGAGGAGCCAUUUGACGAACCAGACGUGAAAGAGGGAAAGAUAGAAACAUCUCCGAAGGCCGAUCUUUCGUUGGAGGAUAAUGGCAGCGGGCAGCACAGCUCGUUUGCCAGCUCGGAUGGCUUUGCGAAUGCUUCGACCCAGGGACCUGACAACGUCCCUGGACUAGUUGGACAUACGCACACUGCUGCACAAUCUUCCUCAAUAUCUCAGACGUUCAGCAGCCACACAGCUCAGUUCAUCCAGCCAGGUACGGAUUCUUUCGCGCUGGGUAUGGUCCAUUCCGACCUGGCUGCUUUCCAAACCACGAGUCCGACCACCACUGUCCACGAUUACAAUCAAUCUAUGAUGAAUUUCGAUAGCGCGUACCUGCAAGGGGACUUGAAUUUCAUGUCAAAUCCACCACGAAUAGCCGGGAUGGCUGAAGGGGGAGUGGACUGGCUGAAUCUAGAACUGGAUUCGCCGAACGCUGGUGACUACGCUGCGCAGACUAUCGGGCAGGUCUUCAACAAUGGCUUGUUCCAACCCGUCCACGCCCAGCCCUGGGCAUCAAUUGGAUCGGAGGGCCCCUUUUACAACAAAAUCCAGAGUACUAUACCGGCAAGAGUCGACCUGCCCUCCACUCAGGAGACGAACUGUCCUCCCAACAAGGUUGCCGAGUCCCAGACCUCAGCCCAACAGUGGCCCUUUGAUCACACUCGCAACCCUGAACCGCAGAAGUAUCGUUUGCCACCGUUACGCCAGAUCCUUCAGGGCACAAUAACUUCGGACGGGCAAGACAGUGGUAACACAGCCAAAAGCCUAGUUCAACUCUUGUCCGACCCGGUUCUGCCCGAGAUCAGUCUCGUUCAGGACUUGAACAUGAUGUCUGCUUUGGACUUGUUGAAGAACUCUUUGGAUCUCUACUUCUCAGAGUUUCAUAGUGUGCUACCCGUGAUACACAUUCCGACGUUCAAUAUGGCCAGAGUCCCCACGGUCACGCUGGCCGCCAUGUCGUGUAUCGGAGCCAUGUACUCGGACGAUCGUCUAGGGACAGAUCAAUCAUGGUCGUUGAGUGAAAUGUGUCUCCAGAUGAUCGCCUGGCUAGGAGGUGCAGAUAGCACAAACUACUACGAUCCCUCAUACCUCAUAGCCUCUUGCCUUCACCAGAUAUAUUCGCUCGGUUCCGGAAAUCGACGGUUAUACCAGAAUGCUGAUUGCUCCCGAGGCAUCUUAAUAGGUUGCCUCAGAGGUAUGGGGUUGUUGAAAUCCCGAAUCAGCACAGAAAUCGAAAAGGAGGAUUUCAGAAACACCGGUUUCAUCGAGAACCCGGCAAAUGAAUGGUUACGCUGGAAGGACCAGGAGCAAGAUAAACGGAUUGCCUGGUCGGCGUUCGAAUAUGACUGCAGUUUGAGCACACUGACAUCCAGGAGAGCAGCAGUGGAUCUUCCUGAGCUGCCUAGUCACUUGCCAUGUGCGGAACCCCUCUGGGAUGCACCCACUGCUCAGGCGUGGUCUGCAUUGUAUUCACGGUUAAGCCCUACCGCCCGCGGUGCGCCUACGGCGAAGAUACUUCGCAAUAUUCUCGCCGGCAAAGCCAUUCCGGAAGAUCUGCCGGCAUGGAGCAAGAGACUUUGUGCUCAAAAGAUUGGUCGGCUGCUCUGGGACUUGAAACAACUUGAUAUCAUGUCCACCACCGAAUACUUGAAGCUUCCAUCUUUGUCAGCCGCUCAAAGACAGACCAAAAGCGUCCUGCUACAAGGCCUGAACGCCUUAUGUGAAUCUAUAUACAACCCGUCUUCUACAGCAGAAUUAAUCCACUACAACAUCACUUCCCUCACAUGUCAUUACUCUCAUCUGUACAGUGCGGAUGAAGUCAUGGAUCUUGUCGUGCAUAUCUUUCGCACUUCAGCGUCUCAAGGAAAGCAACCUGACUACGGGCUGAUAGCCGCAAAGCGACGAUUAAGAUCCAUUUUCAUCCGAAAUCCCGGCCAGGCUCGCAGGCUCGCUUGGCAUGCAGCCCAGAUGAUCUCCGUGGCCAAUGAAUACCUGGUGUCGGCGCCUUGUGAGAUCUUGCGGGUGUUCAUGGGCUACAUCUUCCUCCUGGCGUUUGCCAAAUUCGGACCUCAACCGGUCCCCGAAGCAUCCUUUGAUUCUUUUGCCAUACAAUUAGAUCUGCCAAACCGGAUUCAAGGGCAACGAACCGCCAUCAGCACUUGGAUCGAUGUCGGUGGUCCUGCCAGCAUAGGUGGCGUCAAGAACAUAUAUAGUGACGGAGGAUUGAAAGCAAUCAGUCGAGAAGCUCAAACCAUGUUACGGAAAAUGCGGUUCUGGGGAUUGGCCAAGAAAUUCACCCGGAUUUUGGAAAGUUUCGACUUUGACAGCGAUUGA